UGUAUUGAUUUUAACGUCAUUUUGGUUAGAACUCUUUUUCCUUUUCGCAACACAAACAGCAAAAUAAUACCGUUUUUAUUCGAUAAGAAGAUUUCCGGCUCCCAUAAUCGAGACGAUCUUAUUUCAUGGUAUUUAAGAGCAAAUUUUCCAUUUCAAGAAUCGAGAUCCAUUAGGGACCAAGACGACCCGCAAUGAAUUUAAAAAAUUCCAAGUUUUACAAGAGGAUCCAGGAGCUGCGCAACUUCUCAAAGGAGAAGGUACGCAAGGAUAGGGAGAAUCGGACGCGGGUCUCCCGCGCUUUGAAAAUGGCAAUCACAGAACAGCCGUGCUCGGACAGGGAGUGGUUCAGCUCGGAGCACUCGCCCUCGCCACCCCCAGUCCAAGCCAUCUCACCAAGGCGGCGGGUCAAGGCAUAUAGGCAUCCUAAGAAGAAGGCUGCCGGAAAGCCAAUGGGAAAUCUCUUCACCGACUACCGCCUGAAUGGCGGGCAGUGUUCCGACCGCAAGAGCCCCACGCCCGGAUUGAGGGCGUCGGCGGAAGCCAAGCUUCAGGGCUUCAUACAGCUGAACAACAAGCGCUACCGCGUGGAAUGCCCCACUCGCGUGGUGGCCUCACCCGGUGUUAGCCUUAACCCUGAGCGCUCCAGCGAUACCAAGAGCACUAUAUGUGUGUCCAAUUCCCGCUACACCAUGAUCGGCAAAAUAUCAAAGACACUAGGAUUUAAGCUGGUCAAGGAGUCGAAGCUGUGGAAUAUCUUCUGGUCAGACUCGUUUCCCGGUGUGGAGCUGUUCAAGAACAUGAAGCGCUUUCAGCAGAUCAAUCACUUUCCGGGUAUGAUCGAGAUCUGUCGCAAGGAUUUGCUCUCGCGGAACCUCAACCGGAUGCUAAAGAUUUACCCUUUCGACUACAAGAUUUUUCCCAGGACCUGGAUGCUGCCCGCAGACUAUGGAGACGCCAUGAACUAUGCCUUAACUCACAAGCGAACCUUCAUCCUGAAGCCGGACUCUGGGGCUCAGGGGCGUGGCAUCUGGCUGACCAAUGAACUAAAGUCGAUUGGACCGCAUGACCGGCUUAUAUGCCAGACGUACAUCCACAGGCCCCUCCUGAUUGAUGGCUACAAGUUUGAUUUGCGUGUUUACACGCUGAUCACCUCCGUGGACCCGCUGCGUAUCUUUGUGUACAACGAGGGCUUGGCAAGAUUCGCGACGAACAAGUAUGUGGAGCCCACGCCUGGGAACUCCAAUGACCUGUACAUGCACCUGACCAACUACUCGGUGAACAAGCGAAACUCGCACUACGAGCUGUGCGACAACGACGAUUGCGGCAGCAAGCGAAAGCUGAGCGCGAUCAACAACUGGAUGCGGCGCCACAACUAUGACGUGAACGAGUUCUGGACGAACGUGGACGACGUUAUCAUCAAGACGGUGCUGAGUGCUUGGCCCGUUUUGAAACACAACUACCACGCCUGCUUCCCCGGGCAUGACAAGAUCCAGGCCUGCUUCGAAAUCCUUGGCUUCGACAUUCUAGUGGACUGGAAGUUGAAGCCCUACAUCCUGGAGGUGAACCAUUCACCCAGCUUUCACACCAAUGAGCAGGUGGACCGAGAGGUAAAGCGGCCUCUUAUCCGGGACACCCUUAAUCUGGUCAGCACUGGGCUGGUGGACAAAAGACAGAUCCUCAGGGAGGAUCGCAAGAGGGUCAAGCAACGACUGCUUAAAACCAGAGGAGAGCCGGCAGGUCCUCGGCCUCGUGUUAAUGGCGGCUCCGCGUCCAAGGCUAAAAUAGAUACCAAUCUCGGCAAUCCAGAAGGACUGGCCAACGGUAAUCCCAAUAAGAUUAGUGCAGAGACCGAGGAAGAGGGCGCACUGGCGCGGCAAGUCGCCUGGGAGGACAGCCACAUGGGCAACUUCAGGAGGAUAAUGCCUCCACCAGAUGCAUCAAAGGCCGACUACUACACCCGCUUCUUCGGGCAGACCAACCAGGUGUCCAUUUUCGCCGAAACUGCUGCCAGCAAGAAACGGGAGGAUCUCGCCCGAAAGAUGCGUCUGCAGAUCGAGGAGAAGAAGGCCAAGCAGGAGCAAAUGCUCAAUGCGCGACCGAAGCGAGCGCGACUACUGCCGCGAGCAGUGCGCGAAAAGAACCGGAUGACUCUCUUCCGGAUGAAGGAGAACUGGGCGCCGGGCUUUAUUUCCGAUGCGGAAGAGCGCCUGCGGCACACUUGGCUGCACACGCGCACAGAGUCCAUCAGGACGCUCAAGAUCACGGAAAAUAUCUAUACCUCGCUCUAUGAGACCGGCCACCUGACCAACACAGACAUGAUCGUUUAUCCCCAUCUCUACCACAACCUGAUAAACGGUUUUGACAUCAGACGACUCCACCCAUGAAUUCCAGCAUUUCGACCUCCUUUCCCUUUGCACACUACCCAGUCGUAGAUGUGUUCUAAUUAUCAUUUUAAUUGUAAUUGCAAAAAGAAUGGAAUGCGAGUAGUUCAGAUGAUGCUGCUUUGUUUGCGAUUUGACCGGAUUUCAGACUUGGUUGUCGUGAAGGAACUUUAUUACUUAAAGUACCAGGGGAACAAAUUGUACUUUAACAACAAAUCAUUUUGAACCAAAAUUCUUCCCCAAAUGUGUAUAAUAAACUGAAUACUUUGAAUUAUA